UUCUGAUGCCAUAUGUUUUUCCUUUGCUCCUCCUCCUCCCUCCUCCCUCCCAAACCUAGCCGCCCCACACCACCUCCUGACCCCUCCCCCUCUUCCCUUCCUCUCCGCCGCCUGAGGCAGCCGCCGGGCAAGCCUGGGGCGCCAAGGAUGGUGGCGGCGGGGCCUCGGUUGCCCUGCCUCUACGUGGGGAACCCCAGAUCUGGAGCGACGGCUCCAUUGGCAAGGCACGGCCGGCUAGCAGCUGUGCGCGCGGUGGAUCUGGCGUCCCGGGCGUGUGGGGCGGCGGGAUCCGGUGGUAGUUGGCGGCCGGCGGCGGCUUUUGCGGUGGCCUGUGCGCGUGAUCUGGCGCCUCCCCUGUUCGGCGUGCGGGCCAGCCUGGUCGGGCCGCGCUUCCUUGGGUCGCCGGUUCUGUACAGGAGGCUCUGCUGGUGGCGGGGAUAUAGUUCGGGUGAAAUCCCUGGUCGGCCAUGCCGGCCGCGUCGACGGCGACGCCUGAGGGCGCCGUUCCCCUCCUUGGAGGCGUUGGGUUUGCUGGACGAUCAGUUCCGGCAGCUUGAGAUGCUCCAAGACGAGGGCAACCCAGACUUCGUUGCCAAUGUUGUCAUGCUAUUCUGCGAGGAGGGUGAGCGUAUCAUUGGCGAGCUCGCCAAGGAAUUGGACCAACCAUGUGUGGACUAUGGCAAGGUGGACACAUUUGUGGAUCAGCUCUGGGGAAGCAGUUUAUAUGUUGGUGCUCAGAGAGUGAAGAACACUUGUAUCCAGUUCCAUGAGUGUUGUCAGGAGAAGAGCAAAGUUGGGUGCCUGAAGACACUGGAUUAUUUGAGAAAUGAUUUCUAUGAUUUGUGCAGCAUGUUCAUACCAUAGGCUUCAGCUGCAGCAGCAUGUCCUAAACUGUAGACCGGAGCAAUAAAGCAGGAGCUGCAUGUUCUGAUCGCACAUUGUGUUUCAAGUCAUACAACAUGCUCAAGUUAGCAUAUAUGGCUUGGAGUUGUUUGCUUCUGUGGGGUCUAUAGUUCUGUCAAGCGACAAGCUUCUCAUCUGGUGUCGAUUUCUGUGGUACUGUCCGUAGUUUCGUUCUGAAUUAUUGAUGGUCAAAUAACAAUCAUCCGCGAUCAUUUUGCCGAUUAUCGGUGGUUAAUCUGGUGUUGUGGUUCUAUCAGUUUCUAGCUCGUAGAAAUUCAGUGGCAGCGUAAUCUCUACAAAAUCAUGUGUCUUCGGUCGGCGUAUGGACUAUAGUGGUAUAUCGUGGAGAACAUUGUAAUGUUAUUUCAUUAUCAUGUUAUGUUUGUUGUUGGGUGACAA